UCCUCCUUCAAGAUGCGGCAACUUCGGCCCCUUCUCGUAUCACACUCAGGGAACUAUAAGAAUAGUCAAUGGACACGAUUGAAGAUUCUGCACAGGUGUCUCUCCACGUCACUGAGAAACUCUUGCAAGGAAGAUAAUGAUACGUCAGCUCAGAAAUACAAGAGAACAGUUCUCUUGCCUGCGACAAGUUUCCCUCUUCGGGUAGAAGGAGCAAAAAGGGUCAAGAAUGAGAGGAGAAUUCAGGAGGAAGCUGGCUUUGCAGACCUGUACGACUGGCAGAGAAAGCAGAAGCGUGAGCAAGAGUAUGUCCUACAUGAUGGGCCACCGUAUGCAAAUGGAAAACCACAUAUUGGCCAUGCAGUCAAUAAGAUUCUCAAGGAUGUGACCAUGAGACAGAAACUCCUAAGAGGCUACAAAGUGCACUACAUCCCAGGAUGGGAUUGCCAUGGUCUCCCCAUUGAACUGAAGGCACUUGACAGGGACAAAAAGAAGAAGAAGAAAGAGGUUCCAACCCCAACUACUCCUCUUGGGAUCAGGAAGAUGGCCAAAAAAUUUGCUGAAGAAGCCCUAGACAUUCAGCGUGAAACAUUUAAGAGGUGGGGCGUGCUGGCAAACUGGUCCAAUAUAUAUCGCACAUUUGAUCCAAGUUAUGUAUCGAAGGAGCUCCAUCUCUUCGCAGAUUUAUAUGAAAAAGGUUAUGUGUAUCAGGCUUAUAAACCUGUGUAUUUCUCUCCAUCUUCUGGUACUGCGUUAGCGGAAGCAGAGCUGGAGUAUAAUAUUGAACACUGUAGUCCCUCUAUAUAUGUUGGGAUGCCAUGCAGUAAUUUGCCUCAUUUUGUACAGGAAAAGCUUGCUGAGUAUGAAGCACAAGUCUAUCUUGCUGUAUGGACCACAACGCCUUGGACACUUCACGCCAAUGAAGCCAUCUGUUUCUCUCCGGAAAAAAACUAUUCUCUUGUUCUUGUUGAGCAAGAAGGGAAGUUAACAGCGUUGAUAUGGGCUGAAGAGCUUUUAGAUGAACUGAAGAAAGUUGUUGGGAAUAACAUUACUAUUCUAUCCUCUUUCGAAGGUUCUCAACUGGCUACAGUAAAGUAUCGUCACCCAUUAGAAGAACGUCUUUGUCCUUGUCUCCCUGGCAGUCAUGUGACAAUGUCAAAGGGAACUGGGCUUGUCCAUACGGCUCCUGCGCACGGCCAUGAUGAUUUUCUAGUUGCUCUGGAUUUCAAGAUACCCGUGGACUGUAAAGUAGAUUCACGAGGCUGCUACAUGCCAGAAGUUGGCGCAGAGCUAGCGGGAAAAAGGGUCUUAGAGGAAGGAAAUGAUGCUGUUAUCCAGUUACUUUUAAAGUCAGACGGCUUUGGAGGUCCAACUUUACUUCUGGCCAAGGACUCAUUCAUACAUUCCUAUCCUUAUGACUGGAGAACCAAGAAGCCUGUUAUCAUUCGAGCAUCUAAGCAGUGGUUUAUCAACACCGAUAUAUUGAAGGAGAGUGCAUUGCAAGUGUUACAAGAUGUGACCAUCUUGCCUCGCAGUGUCCAGACAGGAAUGAUUGGCCAGUUAGAGAGACGACCCUAUUGGUGCAUAUCUCGGCAACGAGUGUGGGGUGCGCCCAUUCCCGUCUUCUAUGAUAAAGUUUCAGGGGAGCCUGUAGUUAAUAGAAGAAUAAUUGAACAUGUAGCAGAUGUCUUGCAGCGAGAGGGUCCAGACUCCUGGUGGACGCUUCCUGAGGAGAAUUUGCUUCCUCCAGAAAUUGUGGAGAACUUUAAGCAGAAUGAAAAGCCAUUACCCACCAAGGGUACUGACAUCUUCGACAUCUGGUUUGAUUCCGGGUCUUCCUGGAACAGUGUCUUGAAAAGUCCCUCAGCUGACUUGUACCUGGAGGGAGUAGAUCAGUUUACAGGAUGGUUCCAGUCAUCUCUGCUCACUUCUGUGGCUGCCACAGGAAAGGCUCCUUACAAGCAGUUGUACGUCCAUGGUUUUACACUAGAUGAGACUGGAAGGAAGAUGAGCAAGUCUCUGAAUAAUGUCAUUGACCCUGAUAUUGUUACCGAUGGAGGCAAAAAUCUCAGUAAAGAUCCUGUUUAUGGUGCAGAUGUCCUAAGAUGGUGGGUUGCUUCACAUGCAACCAACCACACCAACCUGUCUGUUGGCAAGAAUAUCCUAGACCAAUGCAAGGAGUCUGUCCAGAAGGUGCGAGCGGUGUUGCGUUUUCUGCUGGCUUCCUUGGGUGACUACCAGCCCUGCGAACAUAGCCUUCCUGUAGCUGACCUCAAGCCGAUCGACCAAUAUAUGCUUCAUCUCUUGAAAGGACACAUUGAAAGAGUUUGGGAGCACUAUGAGAAUUUUGAGUAUCACCGUGUUACGGCUACUUCUCUUGCAUUUAUUAAUUCUAAUGUCUCAGCCUUUUACUUCUCCAUCAUCAAAGAUCGACUUUACUGUGAGAGUCGGCUGGGCAGCAAACGCAUGUCUGCUCUCUUGGUGCUUCAUCACCUGCUGCACCAUCUCCUUCUGUCCCUGGCACCAGUCCUGCCCCAUCUGGCUGAGGAGGUGGCCCUUCAUCACCACAAUAAAAAAUCUUGGCAUGUGUUCCACCAAGUGUAUAAUGGUCUCCCUGCUUCCUGGGAGCAACCAGAACUGGCAAGCAGGAUAGAAAAGUGCCUUGAGGUGCGCAAUGAACUCUUCAGACGUCAUCCCAACGUGAACCACAAUGUGCAAGUCACAGUUACAGCUGGUGGAGAUAUGUUAGAGUCCCUCAUGCUUCUCCAGAGACACACGGAUGCAGUUGACUCAGGCCUUUGCGAAUUGUUCUUAGUUUCAAAAGUUGUCGUUCUUCCUGAUGAAGAAGGAAGUGAUGGAUUCUCGCUGGAAACAAGCACACCCACUGGAGAAAAAUGCCUGAGGUGUCGCAAGUACACAGCAGAUGUUGGGGAGGAACUGUGUACCAGGUGUCAGAGUACUAUCUCUUCAUCAUGGUAGAUAGGGGGUGCAAACUGAAUCAAAAGCUUUUGUUGUUAAGAAAGAGGAAAAAAGAAGUAGAGAAAGUAGGUAAUGAUACUUGAGAGUCUCUCUGUGAUAUACUUUGGGUGGUCUUUUGUACUUAUGAAAGAAGGACUUUGGUAGACUGACGGGAAUCUUAAAAAAAAGCAAAAAAAGUAAUUGAAAAAAUAGAUGAACAUGAGGGUGGCUUGAGGAGAAGAUUUGGUUAUCUUCUGUUCUUACAAAGAGGGAUUUGAACCUUUUCAUCUCCUGUGAGUGACUAAGGGUCAAGGAUUCAUGGUGACGUUUCUGUGAUUUUCUCAGAGUUAGACGAGCUCAGCUACUGUAUAUAUAGUGAGUUUCCCAGAACAUUGUUACUUAUAGAUGAUUAAUAUUUACAUCAAAAUCAGAGUCCAUUUUACAAAUAAUUUAUUAAUGGUUAAAUAUGUAAUUCCAAAUAUUUAUGGUACAAUAACUACCCAAAUUUUUUUCUCCAAAGGUUGCUAAUUGUGGAACACUAGUAAAAAUAGGUAUAAGUUGUCAGUUUAAGAAGGGAGAGUGCCUCUUUUACACGAGACAUCUUAAGAGGACUUUUAUUCUUAGCUGUGAAGAAGGACAAAGUCGAGCCAGAAUUAAGAUAACAGAAGAGAAUAUACCAUGAGAUAUAGUAAAAGGAAAAUUCUCAAAAUGUUUGCAUGUAAUGUUAUGACAUUGAGAUGCAUAAUGAAGGAAUAUAUAUAUAUGUAUGUAUACACAUACAUUACGUAUAGUUAAUAUGUAGUUGUUUCAGAUUAUGUCCUUUUAAAUCACUUGUAAAUAGUAUUUUUAUUUUUGAGAGUUAAAAUAAAUGUCAAUAAUUUUAAA